AUGAAUUGGGUUCGUGGUGACUUACUAGGUAGUGGAACCUUCGCUACCGUCCACUUAGCCAAACAUGUUAAACCUUCCGUUAACAUUCCGUCUCUUACUGCCGUCAAAUCAUGUGAACUUUCCGAUUCUCUUUCUCUCCAAAAGGAGAAAAAUAUAUUGGAACGAUUAACAUCAUGCCGACACAUUAUCAAAUGUUUUGGUCACGAUCAAACUUUUGAAAACGGGAAAGAGUAUUACAAUAUUUUCCUAGAAUAUGCAAGCGGCGGAACUCUCGAUGAUCAACUCAAGAAUCACGGCGGCAAGCUCCCAGAAAAGCUCGCUCGUCGCUACACAAGAUCCGUGGUUGAAGGUCUGAAAUAUAUUCACGAAAACGGUUUCAUUCACUGCGACUUGAAACCACCAAACAUUCUUGUAUUCGAGAACGGAAACAUAAAGAUAUCAGAUUUCGGUCUUGCAAAAGAGAUGGGAGUGGAAAAAGAUAAAAAACUUGUAGGGACUCUACCGUUUAUGUCACCGGAAUCACUGAUGGUGGACCGUGUGUAUGAAUCUCCGAUAGAUAUAUGGGCUCUCGGUUGCACCGUCCUGGAGAUUCUUACCGGAGAACCCGUAUGGAACAUGGGUUACAACCCGGACAUGUUCAAGUUGUUGGAUCGAAUUAUAGUUGGAAAAGAAGUACCAUUGAUUCCAGAUGAAAUAUCAGAAGAAGCAAAAGAUUUUCUCAAAAAAUGUUUAGUUAGGGAUCCACUGAAAAGAUGGAGUGCUGAGAUGCUUUUGAAACACCCUUUUAUCUCAGAUGAUAAAACAGUUUCUUCGGUUAAGGAGUCAACAUUUUUAUCGGCUUCCCCAAUUACUCACUCUGACUAUUCAAGCUGGAAUUCUUCUACUGUUACAACAUUGCCUUCCAACUCAAAGGAAUGGAGUGAAAUCGAAUCUGAUGUCAAACUAUUAGAUUGUUUGCCGAAAAAGAGGCUAGUACCACUAGUCACGAAUAAUUAUUGUUUUGCUAGAUCAAUUUAG